AAGUUUCCUCUGAGCUAUCUCUUCAGUUAAAAUUUCAAACCAGCAAACCACAGGGAUUACUUUUUCUUGCAGCUGGGGUAAAUGACUACUGUAUAAUAGAACUUCUAUCAGGAAACUUACUGGCUGUGCAUGAAGACCUUGUUCCUUCAGAGACGGUGUUCAUUGUUAGAACUCCGCCAGUGCAUGGAUACCUUCGAAGGUCUUUACCGGAGGUGGGUAGUGCGGGUACAGAGAAGUUCCCUUUGAUGUUUACGCAGCAGGAUGUUGAUGAUGGUUAUAUCCAUUAUGUACAGACAAUGCCUGACCAACAACAGGACCGUUUUAUACUGGAUGUGAUGAGUGGCUUCCAAGCUGUGAGCAGACUUGAAAUCCUGGUGGAUGUUGUCCCUAAACAGAUUCCUCUAGCAGUACAAAAUUUCACAGUCCAGGAAGGUGGCUCCAAGGCACUUCCAGAAGACUAUUUCAGAAUUCCAGGCAAGCAUUUUGAGGGACUUGACUGUGAAUUUGUUCUACUCAAACCACCAAAACAUGGUUAUGUUGAAAAUUCUCAUUUUCCAAGAGUAAAGCUGAUGAAAUUUACCAGGAAACAGGUAGAAAAUGAAUUGAUUUCCUAUGUGCAUGAUGGUAGCGAAGAGCUUCUUGACAGUUUCACCAUCUUUGCAAAUAGCUCAGAGCUUGGAAAACAGAGUUUGCCCCAAACUCUUUUUGUGACCAUUGAGUCAGUAAACCAUGAGGCUCCAGUAAUAACAGCCUAUAAAAUCCUCCAGGUGUGGGUGAAUUCUGGCACUGAGAUUACCCGUGAUGAUCUCUGUGCAGUGGAUGGGGACUCCCCCCUACAGGACCUGGCCUACUUGGUCUCUCCACCCAGCAAUGGACAUUUGGCUUUCAAGUCCAUUCCUGGACGUAGCAUCCAGAGCUUCACCCAGGCUCAGAUCAACGAGGGCCAGCUAGUGUUUGUACACACCGGUUCCGUGAAGCCCCUUUCAUCUCAUGAUCUGCGAGCUGUGACCAAUGACGUGGACAGUACAGGAAACAGAACUAUAACCUUUACUGUCAUAUGUUCCCCUAGACUCGGGAGGCUGUUAUGUGUCAGUUCUGACAACAGCACAGAGGACGUUUCCGUGUUUACGCAGAAUCUGGUGAGUGAACAGCUGAUAUUAUACCAGCAUAUGGACUGGGAAAACACAGGCUGGACUGCGGAAGACUCUUUCACGUUCACAGUGUCCUCCCCGCCAGCAGCUCUAGGCCCUGAGGAGUUUCAUAUAACUAUUUCAUAUGAAAUUAACGAACCUGGUCGGCAGAGUCGUCUGCUUGCAAAUACAGGAGCUGUUGUCAAGGAGGGAGACAAAGUUCUCAUUGAUCAAUCUAAGUUAGAUGCGUCCAAUCUCUUCCUUAAAUUGCCCAAAUCUCAGCGUUCUUCAUGUGAAAUCUGGUUCCAAGUUAUAUCUCUUCCUCACCAUGGAACUCUUAUGGUUGGAGAGAGAAAUAUUACCAAAAGAAAACCCAAUUUCUCUCAAUAUAUAAUCAAUAAAUUUGGAGUCACAUACCUUCACGAUGACUCUGAAUCACUGGCUGAUAACUUUAGCUUUGCCAUUUGGCCCAAUGAAAAGGGCAAGUCCACCAUGAAGCCAGAGGCUGACUUUCUUGAAGAGAUGUUUAACAUCACCAUCACUCCUAUAAACGACCAAGCACCAGAAUUAAAGACAAAAGGGCUUUGACUGCAAGUUCUGCAGGGCAGUAGGUUGGUUUUAGGAUCUGAAAACCUAAAAGUGGAAGAUCUAGACAGUCCUCCAGAAGAGAUCAGGUAUGUGAUCAUCCGUGAUCCUAAUAAUGGCGUUUUGGCAAUGGCUCACCAUCCACAUAUACCUGUUCACCGCUUCACACAAGCCGACAUUGAUAACUCUCAGGUGUGGUUCAUACAAGAUGGAAGCCCAUCCUCCGGAGCGUUUUACUUCAGUGUCACCGAUGGCCAGCACCGCCCACUCUACAAGCUCUUCCACCUGGAUGCCAUCCCCGUCUCCAUCACCCUUGUGAACCUCACUGACCUUCUUCUUCCACAAGGCCAGACAAGUGUCACCAUCACCAGUGCUCACCUGUCAGCAGUGACCAACGGGAGGAGCCCCCAUAUCACUUACAAGAUAAUGUGGCCCCUCCGACAUGGCCAUCUGCUCACUGAAGACCAGGCGGUCGUCAGUUUUGGACAGAAAGACCUGAAUUUAGGAAAGCUGUCUUAGCACAUGACCAACCUCACUGCCUCAGAGGACCAGCUACAGUUCUCACUGUUUACCUCAGAAAGCAAGCUGACAGGACAAACACUGUGCAUCCGAGUGCAGCCUUUACUGCGGGUUGUGUCAAACCUGACAAUUGCCAACAGAGCGGCCCAUCAGCUGACAAGAAAGGACCUUGAUGCUACUGAGCUUGCUAACAGGACUAACAGUGAUCCCAAAUUUGGAGUGACAGAACCCCCUGUCCACAGCAGACUUGUACGGAGAGUAGGCCGGGACACCGCCUUGGAAGGUGCUAUCUGUUCACUCAGAGGGAUAUUGACCAAGGACUGCUGAUGCUCGAGCCGCAUGCCAAUCUAACAGGCCCCAACAGCCUCAAUGACUCCUUCACGUUUCUGUUCAGGGCAGACCACGUCCAGCCAGCAACAGCGUGUCUCCCCUUCACCAUAGUGCCACCUGACCCCUUUCUUUUGCAGGCUUUCACCCCCGAUGUUUCCUUC